AUGACAUCUUUUGCCCCCGUGGACGUGCAGCUCACGGCGCCAACUGGUGCCGACAAGAAGACCGUUGCGUACUUCUACGAUUCGGACGUGGGCAACUAUGCCUAUGUUGCGGGGCAUCCCAUGAAACCGCACCGAAUUCGAAUGGCUCACAGCCUGAUUAUGAACUAUGGUCUAUACAAAAAGAUGGAGAUCUAUCGCGCCAAACCGGCUUCAAAUCUCGAAAUGACUCAAUUCCACACGGAUGAGUACGUCGAAUUCCUUAAGAAAGUGACGCCAGAUAAUAUGGAAGCAUAUCAAAAAGAGCAAGGCCGUUUCAACGUGGGAGACGACUGCCCAGUCUUUGACGGUCUCUUCGAGUUUUGCGGCAUCAGCGCAGGCGGCAGCAUGGAGGGUGCUGCAAGGUUGAAUCGCGGCAAAUGCGAUGUUGCGGUCAACUGGGCAGGCGGACUCCAUCACGCAAAGAAGAGCGAAGCCAGUGGCUUCUGCUAUAUAAAUGACAUCGUUCUUGGUAUUCUCGAACUUCUCCGCUACAACCAGCGCGUACUUUACAUCGAUAUCGACGUGCAUCAUGGUGACGGGGUUGAAGAAGCCUUCUACACGACGGAUCGAGUCAUGACCGUCUCAUUCCACAAGUAUGGUGAAUACUUUCCCGGUACAGGCGAGCUCCGAGACAUUGGUGUCGGCCAAGGAAAGAACUACUCCGUCAAUUUUCCUUUACGAGACGGUAUCGACGAUAAAUCUUACAAAGCCAUCUUCGAGCCUGUCAUCAAGAAUGUUAUGGAGUAUUACCGACCAGAGGCUAUCGUGCUACAAUGCGGGGGUGACAGUCUGUCAGGGGACCGUCUCGGGUGCUUCAACCUCAGCAUGGCAGGGCACGCGAACUGCGUCAAUUACGUGAAGAGUUUUAAUCUCCCGGUUCUGGUUCUUGGUGGAGGUGGUUACACAAUGAGGAAUGUCUCCCGUACGUGGGCCUAUGAGACAGGUCUCCUUGUGGGGCAGAAGAUGGGGCCUGAGUUGCCGUACAAUGACUAUUACGAGUAUUAUGCACCUGAUUACGAACUGGACGUCAAGCCGUCGAACAUGGACAAUGCAAACUCCAUGGAAUACCUCCAGAAGAUCAAAGUUCAGGUCAUCGAGAAUCUCAAACGCACCACCUUCGCACCUUCCGUUCAAAUGACCGACGUGCCACGUGAUCCGGAGGGUAUGAAUGAUGAAGCUGACGCUGAGCUUGACGAUCUCGACGAGGAUGAGAAUCCUGACUCCAGAUAUACCAAACGCCGAUGGGAUAAAUACAUCGAGAAGGACGGCGAGCUCAGCGAUAGCGAAGAUGAAGACGAGAAUGAAGCCAACGGCGUCCGAAGACAGCCCAAUGCAACUAAAAGACGGCGAAAUAUGAUGGACUACCAAAAUCCGAUGGCCGCAGCUGAUGACAAGGACAUCAGCGGCGUCGUUUCUGCACGAAGUGGUCGCAGUCGCAUCGGCAGUGCGAAUGGAGUGGGCUCACAUACCGCAUCAGAUGCAGAAGGACCUCGUAGUGAUGAGAGCGAAGCCGAAACCUUCGAUGGACCACGGGAAGAUUCUCUGUCCUCAGGCGACCGGGAAGAAGACGAAGACAUCGAUAUGGUUGAUGAGCCAAUAGCCAAUGGGACUGGACCAGCAGCAGGACCACAAGAAGCGACUCCUCCAGACUCACCGCCACCCGUCGCUGCCAAUCCUACCGUCCCGGCGCAUGUAGUUGACGACACAGGCAAUGACGCAAUGGAUGAAGGUGAUACCCUCGACGACCCCGAGUUUGCGAAGGAGGAAGGCCACGAUGAGCGCGAGAAGGAGGAUGUCACGGCUGAAAAGGCAACAGAGGUCGUGGAGCGCUCGGAGCAGUGA